CCGGGCCCCUACGCUGCGCGCUCGCUGGCUCGUUGGGGACAGAGGCAGGAAUCGGAGCAGCACUGCCGCCUCUGGCGCGAAGGCUCAGGCGCCUCCUCCCGCCCCAGUCACUGUGGCUCGGCGCACGCUGCCGGCGGCUGCCCUUUCCGCCUCUGGGGAAGAAAACCCGCGGGCCGCUGCGGCGCUUCAACCAUGGCUUCGGGCCGAAGGGGCUGGGACAGCUCCCAUGAAGACGACCUGCCCGUGUACCUGGCCAGGCCGGGCACCACGGACCAGAUCCCGCGGCAGAAGUACGGCGGCAUGUUCUGCAACGUGGAGGGCGCCUUCGAGAGUAAGACGCUGGAUUUCGAUGCCCUGAGCGUGGGGCAGCGGGGCGCGAAGACUCCCCGGAGCAGCCAGGGCAGCGUCCGCAGCACCGGGGCCCAAGCCGGAGCCGAAGUGGACACGCCGCGCAGGGGCCAAGGCCGGGAGGAGAGCAGGGAUCCAGCAUCCGUGUCGCCUGCGCCCGCUGGGGUGGAGAUACGGAGUGCCACAGGCAAGGAGGUGUUGCAGAACCUCGGCCCAAAGGACAAGAGUGACCGUCUUCUUAUCAAGGGAGGCAGAAUCGUCAAUGAUGAUCAAUCCUUUUAUGCUGAUAUUUACAUGGAAGAUGGCUUAAUAAAGCAAAUUGGAGACAAUCUGAUCGUCCCUGGAGGAGUGAAGACCAUUGAAGCCAAUGGGAAGAUGGUGAUCCCAGGAGGCAUUGAUGUCCACACUCACUUCCAGAUGCCAUAUAAGGGGAUGACCACAGUAGAUGACUUCUUCCAAGGGACAAAGGCUGCCUUAGCAGGUGGCACCACCAUGAUCAUUGACCAUGUAGUGCCGGAACCUGAGUCCAGCCUGACGGAGGCCUAUGAGAAGUGGCGAGAGUGGGCCGAUGGGAAGAGCUGCUGUGACUACGCCCUGCAUGUGGACAUCACCCACUGGAACGACAGUGUCAAGCAGGAAGUGCAGAGUCUCAUCAAGGACAAAGGGGUUAACUCCUUCAUGGUUUACAUGGCCUAUAAGGAUUUGUAUCAAGUGUCCAACACAGAGCUGUAUGAGAUCUUCAGCUGCCUGGGAGAGCUGGGGGCCAUUGCCCAAGUUCACGCUGAAAAUGGGGAUAUCAUUGCCCAGGAACAAACCCGCAUGUUGGAAAUGGGGAUAACUGGCCCAGAAGGCCAUGUUCUGAGCAGACCAGAGGAGCUGGAAGCCGAGGCUGUGUUUCGUGCCAUCACCAUUGCCAGCCAAACCAACUGCCCUCUCUACAUCACGAAGGUCAUGAGCAAGAGUGCAGCUGACCUCAUCUCACAAGCUCGGAAGAAAGGAAAUGUGGUCUUUGGGGAGCCCAUCACUGCCAGCCUUGGUACAGAUGGAACCCACUACUGGAGCAAGAACUGGGCCAAGGCGGCGGCCUUUGUGACAUCCCCUCCUCUGAGCCCUGACCCGACCACUCCUGACUACAUCAACUCCUUGCUGGCCAGUGGGGACCUGCAACUCUCUGGGAGUGCCCACUGCACUUUCAGCACUGCCCAGAAAGCGAUCGGGAAGGACAACUUCACAGCCAUUCCCGAGGGCACCAAUGGUGUGGAGGAGCGGAUGUCUGUCAUCUGGGACAAGGCCGUGGCCACAGGGAAAAUGGAUGAAAACCAGUUUGUGGCUGUGACAAGCACAAAUGCUGCCAAGAUCUUCAACCUGUAUCCCCGCAAGGGAAGAAUAUCUGUGGGUUCUGACAGCGACCUGGUCAUCUGGGAUCCAGACGCCGUGAAGAUUGUCUCUGCCAAGAACCACCAGUCGGCGGCAGAGUAUAACAUCUUUGAAGGGAUGGAGCUGCGCGGGGCUUCUCUGGUGGUAAUCUGCCAGGGCAAGAUCAUGCUGGAGGAUGGCAACCUGCAUGUGACUCAGGGUGCCGGCCGCUUUAUCCCCUGCAGCUCGUUCUCCGACUAUGUCUACAAGCGCAUUAAAGCCAGGAGGAAGAUGGCAGACCUGCAUGCGGUUCCGAGGGGCAUGUAUGAUGGACCAGUGUUUGACCUGACCACCACCCCCAAAGGGGGCACACCUGCGGGCUCCACCCGGGGCUCUCCCACUCGGCCCAACCCACCUGUGAGGAAUCUCCAUCAGUCGGGAUUCAGCCUGUCAGGCACCCAAGUGGAUGAGGGGGUCCGCUCAGCCAGCAAGCGCAUCGUGGCGCCUCCCGGAGGCCGUUCUAACAUCACAUCCCUGAGUUAAGCAACUCCUCCCCAAAGAGAGGGGCAGAAGAAAGAAGACAUUUUUCUGAAGCCAAAAUGGUACAUCGAUAUUUAAGAAGGAAAGCGAAUCCAAACCAUUGCGAUCUAAAGAAUCAAUAAGCCUCAAGCCUUAUGUUUCUCCAAUGUUACGCUCGCUUGCCUAGCUUUACAAAUAUUGCUUUGUUUUCAGUUGAUGCAUAGCCUUGAUUUGUUUGACGCCCUUCCCCCAUUUACAUGCAUGCUAUCAGACAGGCCACUAAGGUACAAGAGUCUGCUAUAUAGUGUCGAGAGCGUGUGUAGUGCUGCAUCUUAAGACAAGGGGACAGACAAAGCUGGGAGAUGUCAGGAAAAUGAACAAAAGGGACUCAAGUUAUUUGGGGUGUGUGGGUGGUGGGGGCCCAAAACAAGAUGAAGAACACAGAGGGGCUGGGGGUAGGGCAUAGAUGAGGGAGGCGGGUGGGCCGGGUGAGCAGAAGAGGGUGUUGUGUAUUGUGUUGACGACAUACUUUCAUUUCCAUGGGAGAUGGUCACUUAUGGCAGCCGUCACUUCAUCAGGGUCCCCGGUCCCUGCAGAGAAGCCAGGCAAUCUUUGGGUUCAGGCUUUGUCACGUCACCUCCUAGUAGAUUUUAUUAGUUUGAACAUUUUAUUAAAACGUCAAAACCCAACUAUUUCCUCCACCUGCUUGAUCGUGCCAGUGUUUGCUCGGGGCUCUUUCUCAGUGUUGCUUUCCAGUUCUUCUCUUUCCUGGUGGGAAGGACAGUGAGGAGAGAUGCAAUGGCACUCUCUUCCUUUUGCCCUGCCUGCCCCUUUGGUGCUCUUAAAAUGAAACAGCUGGGAGGAACAGUACAUUGCCUCCCUCCAAACACAUGGAGAUAGCCUCUCACUCUACUGUCUCUGCAAACCGAGGUGCAUAGCACACUUCUGGCAUCAACGAAUUAGGAUUUUAGCUCAGAUGGGGCUGCAUGAGGGUUCUCUUUUACCAGCCUUGAGUGUUGGAUUCUCUUGGUCCCCUGAGACCUAGGGCAUAUCCCCCACUGAAUAGGAUCUUUUUAUGAAAAGUUGUUUGUGUUAGGAGUCCCUUAAGUUUUACUAUCAAUGUGUGAUUUCAGCUUAUAUGGGAGUCAAGCAGGGAUUCGGGAAAGUCGAUCUUGAGCAGAGGGAGCUCAUUUUGUGGCUGUGGUUCCAUUUUUCUAUUCUCAGCCACCUGUAUCCCCUUCCAUUAUCAGAUCCUUUGGGGGACUUUUUGUAUUGAUCCUGAAAUCUUCUCCAGUGAGUGGCAGUGUAUGCAUCCCUCCUGAUGAGCCACAUAGAGGACUUAGCAUGUAGUGUUGACAUUAGCCUUGUCUGUUAGAGUUAAAUAUCCGCUUCCCCAUCAUGCCACUUCCUGAAAGUUCAGUUUUGGAAGAAGUUCUGUGAGCAAGAUGAGGAUCUGAAGAACCAAGAGAUGUAUAUACAGAAGAAAGGAAAAAAAAAAUUCAACCUGGGCUCACACUUCCCAAGCUCUUGGGGGAACCAGCUGGUAGAACUCGUAACCCUGUGUACUAAGUACUUUGAAGAGAAGAGCAGGCCUCGAACACCUUUUAAGUGCUUAGGAGGAACCAUGAUCUCUGAGUGAAAAUUCUAAUAGGUUUAAAACUAGAAAAAAGGGAACAAAUGACUCCAGAGGAGUUUGGAAAUAGCCAGGGAAGAGAAUUUCCCCCAGCAAGUGAAUUUCUGUUCUAAUCAUGAAAAGGAUUGCUCACUCUCAUAAUGGGGAAUCUUGAUAUAUUCAGGCUUUCAUGGUACCUUUCUUUGAAGGGAAACUUAAGUGAAGGAAAGGAUGUAGCCCUUAAUUUAUAAUUUAAAGAGUCGGGGGGCCUAUCAUAGAACUCAGAAGACAGUGUUGCAUGCAGAAGGUGUCGGUCAUCUGAAGCAUAUAUAUACCUCAUUGGCCGCUCUGUGCUUUACGAUAUGUAGCAGUACCAUCCACAACCACCAGAUGGCAGAAAAGACACAUAAAUUAACACUUCUGGACCACUGGUAGUGUUCCUCAGCGCCUGAGUCUAGCUCAUCCCUCCAUGACCUCUCUGUGCCAUGAAAAUACAUCUUCCAUGGCCAAACAGGCAUCUUCACUACACUUGGGACUUCUGAAGUGAAGCAUCCAACCAGAAUGUUAUAUUCUUCAUGCCGUAGGAACAAGCCCGCCAUGCCUUCAGGAUGGCAACAUUGUCUAAGGAAGCCCCUUCCUCUCCCCUUUCUUCACGUACCACUAUAACUUUCCAAGCAGAGAAAUGCCUGAGAAUUGAAAAAAAAAAAAAAACAAAAAACUCCCACUAUUUUAUAGACUUUGAUUUCUGGGUAACUUGUCAUGUAAGUGAAAAUUUAGAUCCAAAUGUGUUAUGUGAGGCACAUGAAACAGCCUUAUACAAAAGGUUUAGAAGAAAAAAAUGACAAUGAGUAGUAGCCCUUCUGGAAUUCACUGGCAGCUCAUCCAAGUGUCGGAGGGCUUGGUGAAUCGUCUCCCUCCCAACCUGUGUUCCCCCAUCUCAUCUCUUGGCCUGGCCCCUCUCUAAGGAUGCCCCUGCCAUCUCUCCAACCUUCCCACACUGUUUCUAAACCACGAUGGUCUGAGAGGACCACAGAUCAGGGUGGUUGAGAAGGUAUUUGCAAACUCUUAAACCAGCCACCCUAGUAGAAGAAUUUCUUUUACUUCUAAGCUUCCUAAAAAAUGGUAGGGUUGUAGUAAUCCCCCAAAUGGCUUUUCUUCAAAGUCCCGUCAUCUUUAGGCCAUUUUUCUUCAUGACUAUACCCAGAGGGCCAUGCUUUGCUCCAAAAGCCUGAAUCCUUUUUAUCACCCUGAGAAGCCCUCCCCAGCAGUGUGCACAUUUCCCAGCUUUGGUUCUUGCUACAAGGUUCCCAGGCGUUCUCCCCUAGAAAACUCCAGCUUUGAGUCCCAGAUAUACCCAUGGGCUGCCCUAGGCAGCUAGCUUUCAUUGUAAUUUCCCUCUUUGGAAAAUGGUGUGUGGGUGUUGAGUUCUGUGUCUGGUGCAUAUGGACAGACAGUGAAUCUCCUGUGAUCUGUGGUAGCUGUGAGGCAGCUCUGUCUGCAAUGUCAAGAGCUGUUUCAUUUGAACCGUGAAGAAAACCGUGUUUUGAGUUUAGCUGAGAUUAAAAAACAAAACAAAGUUCAUCAAGUGACUGUUAAUGUAAACCUGGUUAUUAAAAUAACUCUAAAAUUA